UGAAACCAUGUGAUUUUCCACAAUUCAAACAUGGACAUCUGUAUUAUGAAGAAAGACGGAGACCCUACUUCCCAGUACCUAUAGGAAAGGAGUACAGCUAUUACUGUGACAAUGGGUUUACAACACCUUCAGAUUCAUACUGGGAUUACCUUCGUUGCACAGUAAAAGGGUGGGAGCCUCAGGUCCCAUGCCUCAAACAAUGUGUUUUCCAUUAUGUGGAGAAUGGAGAAUCUUCUUAUUGGGAAAGAAAACAUUUACAGGGUCAGUCUGUAAAAGUCCAGUGUUAUGAUGGCUACAAUCUUCCAAAUGGUCAAGACACAAUGACAUGUACAGAGACUGGCUGGUCACCUCCUCCCAAAUGUGUCCGUAUCA